ACGGCGUUGAUAUAUUUAUUUAAACGUAAUUUUCAUGUAAUUAUUGUGCAAAAUACAGUAAACAAAUAAAAACAUCGACAACAAAAACAAAAUUACAUAAAAUAAUCACGAUUUGAAAUCAUACUUCUCAAUAUUUACUUUUCGCAAACAUAACCUCAAAUUCUGACAGUUAAUACAAAACUCACGUACAACCUCUUGCACUGUGUUAAACAAAACAAAUAAAACAAAUAAAACCACAACCACAAUUCGGAUUCACAAAUACCAUGUAAACAACCUUAAACAUCAUUUUCAUACAAAUUCUGUAUCAUUUACCAUUUAUCUAUUACAUAACCUAACAAUGUCGUCCAUGACAUUCGGUCAAAAGUCUUUCAUUCCAACGGCGCCCCAAAAGGGCAGUUUUCCUCUAGACCACGAAGGACAAUGUAAACUGUUUAUGAUCAAAUAUAUGCGUUGUCUCAGAGAGAACAGAAACGAUAAUUCUAAAUGUCGUGACGAGGCACAAAGUUAUUUGGGUUGCAGAAUGGACAACGAGCUGAUGGCUAGGGAGGAUUUUGCUAAACUUGGAUUUGAUAAGAAGGAAAUUAAUUGAUAAAGAAAUAGUGUAAAAGACUGUAAUAGAUAAUAAGAAGAUAUUAGUAAAUGUAGCUAUAAACAUUCUUGUGUCUGCAUUGAUAAUAUUAAAA